CUUACCAAAGUGUUUACUUUAAUAGUGGUAGUUUUUUUUUUGACAAAAUGUUGUUAUUGUGGAUUUUUUUUUCUUCCCCUCUCCCGAUUAGCGAUAGAACACUGAAGAUUUGACUGAACACAUUAUUAAAACAUCAUAGACAAGUCGCAGGAUUUUCCAAAGGCAGUACAAAAUUGUUUUUCCAGAUCAGAAACUGAUAAAUAACAGUGCACUUGCAUUAGGCCUACAGAGGCAAGAGAAGAAAUAAAGAAAGAAAUAUCAAUUAUCAAAAUAACAUGUAGAUCGAAUUCUACUGGGAAGCAAUUUGAUUUGGCCUAACGUGUACCCGAGAUGUUUCCUUUUUCUAUACUUUUGAUGCGCGCCCACCAUCGGGCGGAAUUAGGGCGGGUCUAGGCGGAAUUAGGCAAGGAAAAUGCCUCACGCAGACGGCGCGCUACGGACAAUCGCUUAUGAUUUCGGGCGUAAGAAUGGCAACGCUAGAUUUGCUAGAAUUUCGGCAACAAAUUGGUAUACAUUAGCGCCUGUAUAAUUCAUUUUCGGAGAAGUUAUCUGAGAAAAACUGCCCAUCGGGCGGAAACCGGGCAGGGUACGGUACGCUGGAACAGUGCAUAAUAUUUUUCCUUUUUUAUUUGUUUGUUCAAUAUCUGCGUUUCGGGAGAUAACAGUUUUAACGAACUCUAUCAACAAAUUGCACAAUUCUACAUCGUCUGAGCCUUUGAGAUCUUCAAUGGCGACCUUUCAGUCGGCAGGUCAAGCCGAGAUUAUCAGAAGCAGUCAAAAGGAUGAAGCGUACCAAACUCAGCUUAGAGGCAGUAUCCAUGAUGUCGUCCAGUCAUUAAUAGGUACAAGAUUUUGGGCCAGAUGGAGAAAGGAACUUGAUGUAGUGUCAGAUGUCUUGUACUUCGGUCUAACAACAAUUGCAGGUUUCCAGACCCUUGGUGAAGAGUAUGUCAACAUACUUCAAGUUGAUGGAACAAAGAGAGCAGUUCCAUCGUUGCAGAGACGCAUUGCUCUAGUAGCGCUCCACAUCGGUGCCCCCUACCUCCUGGACAAGACGCUCGCUCGUCUCUUGUUUCACCUGGAGGCUGGCUACAGGUUGUCUCAUCUCUCCGAGGAGGCUAACAACAGGCUCCGCCUUUGGCUGCCCUCCGUGAGACGUGCGUUGACCUUUGUAAACCGUGUCCACAUGGCCGUUUUCUACCUACGUGGCCUCUUCUAUCAUAUUGCAAAGAGAUUCUCUGGAGUCAACUAUAUCCAAGUCAGAAGGACAGCAGUAUCUCAGGCCCUGCAGAAAAGCUUUCACAUUCUGGGCUGGUUAUCAGGUAUUCAGCUUAGUGUCAGUCUACUAUGGCAUGCCCUACAACUCAGAAAAAUGGUGAUUUACCAGUCUUCUGAAGCAACUGAGGAGAAGGAGAGAAGUGUAACCCUCGAUACUCAAGUUGUGGACCCCAGAUGGCGCUGUUCACUUUGCCUGGAACGACGUCAGCACACGACUUGCCCUCCAUGUGGCCAUCUUUAUUGCUGGGGGUGUAUCAUGGAAUGGUGCAGGACAAAGCCGGAGUGCCCAAUAUGCAGAGACGGCUUCCAGGCUUCAAGGCUAGUCCGUUUGCAGAACUACGACAGGAGAUAACAGGAGACAGGAGGAGGAGUCACGCCAAUAUAACCAUCCAGUAUUCCAUGCUCGGUGCCAAGCAAUCAGGUCUUGUUAUGGAGGGCAGACUAUUUGGGCUAAAUUGUUUGGCUCCUACGCCCGAAUUUAAUAGCACAAAUGCUGCAGUAUGAAGCUUUAAGUUUUUGAGGCCAAAUUAACAUAUAUAUUGUAUUGAGUUAAUGGAAGAAUAUUUCGGACAAACUUGUCAUUUGUCUAAGUUUUGUUGAUUUUCAUGAAAACGCAUUUCAAAUGUAUGUAUGAAGUCAAGUUUUAUCUGCUUUAGUCUUUAUAUCAUUGAGACAUAUUUCUUGCCAACCUUAAACUAAGGAUUUUGGUAUUUUGUCAACACCAAAGAAACAUCUUUCCUUGUAUGAAUCAUUCCUAAUAUUACAUAAAGAUAAACCAUAUUCAUGAAAAUAAAUGUAGCCCUCUAUGCAUACUCACUGAUUGUCAGUAUGCAGAUCAGUGUACAGAAUAUUCAGAGACAUUUUUCUAGAAAUAUUUUAUAUAUAGGAUUUAUUGAAAUCAAAUCAAAUCACAAAAAAAAAUCCAAGAACAAACAGUCUGAAGACUGACACCUGUCUUGGGUACAAUAUAACAUCAAGUAUACAUAAUAAAAUGGCAGUAACGAAUAAAUAAAUAGGUUACAGAAGUUAAAAUAUCAAACAACUAUCAUCACUGAAUAUUGCAAAAAGGACAUAUAAACAAUAACAAGAAUAAGUAUACAUUACCAGUACAACAUUUGUCUUGGAAGUCAAAUGGGACCAUCUCCUUAAUUGAAUUGUGCAUUAAUCUGUGUGAAUCUAUACGUAAUUACUAGAAAAGGGGAGUAUUUUGAAAAGAGAAAGCAAACUCAAUUCCAACAUUACCAGAGUGUAACAAACAUGUUUUAUGGAUGGAUCUGAGCCAGCCUUUAAAAAAAAAGAUAUAUUGUUUUGGUUUGGUUUGGUUAUAUUUUCCGUAUAAAAAUUCAAAUAUAUACAAGAGUACAAUUUACAGAUAUAGUACAUAUCGAGAAUUAAAAAACUACUGGAAUGCUCUAUUCUGGGCCAUUAUCAAAAUGGCUCUGUUUUUCCUAGAGGUCCAGAAAUAGAUAUUUAAACAUAGAAAUAAAACACAAAAUAUUGUAAAGCAUUUUUUUCCAAUAUUGACCUUGACUUCGAAGGUUUUGUGUAUUCUAGGAAAAAAUCAUUUUCCAUAGGAUUUGUACACAAACCACAAAAUUUAGCGAUUUUGGUGCCGAGGAUCACUUGAGAAAGGUCACAUGACUUAAGAACAGUAUAUCUGUUAGUCGCAAAAUUGGUCUCGAAAGUUGCGCAAGACUUCAAUGAAAAAUGAAGUGGAGCAUCAAUAUCUGUGUGCGUUGCAGAAUGAACGCGCGAAAAGUCGAGGGGGGAUUGACCCUCCUCCCAGUUAAGAUGGGGUUAAUGGAUGAUCAAGUAAAGUUGACACUACAAUUCAAAUUUUUCUAAAUUCACCAUCUUCUUCCUAUACUCCACGUCAACAAGCUUUGAUGCAAGAGCGUCAAACUCGUCCUCGGUGUUCACUGGUUCUGUAAAUGGCUCCCUCAGGUCUUACACAUCAACGGCCACUCCCGAUUUGGACAAAAGCAGUUGUUUUACCAACUGCGUCAGCUGCUGCUGCCCUUCUUCCAGCCUCUCCAGUCGACACUUGUUGUUUGUGAGCGUAUUAAUGUUCUUCUCGUCCCGUUAUGUCUUCGAAUCGUCUUUCAAAUUUCUCUCCGUUGAUGUCUUUGAGGGUGUAAUGUCUAUUGAAGGUGAGCCGACGAUGCAGUUGGCCCUUUUUACUGAAUGUUUCCUGCCAUGUUUUCUCGAUAAUCUCCAUGCAUUGGUUGUUGAUCACUGCGUGGAGUGAGAGGGGCCCAAACAGUGAUAGUCUUCUUGAUUCAUAUUCGGGUGCCUCAGGCAGCACCCUUUCCGUCGGUGAUU